AUAUAAACCAAGAAAACAUCAUAAGUACCUCAGUUUUCUCAAUUUUGUCACAAAGAGGAGAAAACGAAGAAUGUCUCUACCAACUGUUUACGAAUACUACGCGGGAGGUGGCAUAUCCGCCGGCCUCUCAACGGACCAACCGUACUUCACCUUAAACAACAAGAACAUCACCAUCUAUUCCGGUGCAAUGCACUAUUUCCGUGUACCCCAAGACCAAUGGCGUGACAGGUUGCAAAAGAUGCGCGCUGCUGGCUUGAACACCGUAGAAACCUACAUUCCCUGGAAUCUACACGAAUUCCAAGACGGAGUUUACGAUAUUGGUAAUGGUGGGUCCGACUUCAGUCAUCUCCUGAACAUUCAACGCUUUCUGGAGAUUGCACAAGAAGAAGAUUUACUAGCAAUCAUUCGACCAGGACCCUACAUUUGCUCCGAAUGGGAAUUUGGUGGGUUACCAUCCUGGUUACUAAAGAAUAAAGGUAUCCGGGUACGUACCAGUGAUGAAUUGUUCAUGGCCCGUGUAACAAGCUACUUCACAAUGAUAUUAUCUAUCCUGUCUGUUCUGAAUUGGCACUCGGGUGGACCCAUUAUCGCUUAUCAAAUUGAAAACGAGUACGGUAGCCUUGGUGAGAGGGACAUGACUUAUCUGAACGGAUUGAAACAGCUCUUUUUGGACAACGGCGUUAAGGAAAUGUUGUUUACGUCAGAUGGGGCUAGUAUAGGGAAUUUAGGGCAAAUACCAGGAGUGUUAUACACUGCUAAUUUUGCGGGUGAUGCUACAAAUCAAUUGAAUAUAGCACAAUCCUAUCAACCUGGUAAACCAUCAAUGGUUAUGGAAUACUGGAGCGGAUGGUUUGAUCACUGGACUGAACAACACCAUACCACAGAUAUAUUUUCAUUCACUGCUACACUUUUGGAAAUUCUGAACUAUCCAGCAAGUGUUAACUUCUACAUGUUUCAUGGUGGGACCAAUUUUGGUUUUAUGAAUGGAGCAAAUAGCGGAAAUGGUGCUGGUGAUAAUUCAGGGUUCCAACCUACUACAAAUAGUUAUGACUACGAUGCGCCUUUAAAUGAACAUGGGGAUUAUACAGAAAAAUACUGGGUGAUUCGUGAAAUCUUGAAAGAACAUGGAAAAAAUCCAGUGAGUAUUCCAGACCCACCAGAAUCAAAACCUCUUAAGGCAUAUCCAGAAAUAGAGAUAACUGACGAGAUGUCAUUUUCGGAGAUGUUACAACAUGAUUUUCUCCCUAAUAAACAAUCUGAAGAAUUGGUAACCAUGGAGGAGGUAGAUCAAAAGUAUGGAUAUAUUACAUACAGAAAGGAACAAAUUGACCUACCAGAAAAUACAAAACUAAAGGUCCUGGGAUACGUAACAGAUACGUUGAUGGUCUUGCUUAAUGGAGAACUUCUAAGCCCUGUUUUGAACCAUCCUGAUGAUCUUACUAAAUUUGGGUAUUGGAAAUCUAAGGACCAAGUUUUAGAACUGCCAGAAUGUACUAAUUGUACUCUAGAUUUGAUUGUGGAAAACUGGGGUCGAGUUAAUUUCGGUGGACUUCAUCAGUUUGAGCAACGAAAAGGGUUUCAUGAAGGACAAGUACUUAUUAACGAUGAACCAUUGCAAGAUGUCAAUAUUAUCUCUGUUGAAUUCCCUUGGUAUUCCAACCCCUAUUGGGAAGACUGGACACCUAGUAAUGGUACUGAAUUAACUGGACCUAAAUUAUGCAAAGCUACAUUAACUGUGGACGAAAAUGAAGAGUUGUUAGAUACUUAUGUGGACAUGAGAGAUUGGACCAAAGGUAUUGUUAUUGUCAAUGAUUAUGUGUUAUCACGAUACAGUAAACUGGGACCACAACAAGCUUUGUAUCUUCCUGGAUCCUUCUUAAAGAAGGGAGAAAACAAAAUUUUGGUGUUUGAGCAUUUUAAUGGUUCCGACAGCAUUAAGUUCAGCGAUAAACAAAUAUUUGAAACCGUGUAUAAAUCUAACGAUGAAAAUUUAAGGGGCAUUUAAUUUUAAAUGUGAAAUUGUUAAUAAAGAUUACUACAUAUUUGAAAAUAA